AUGUUGUCUGCAGCUAGAUUGCAAUUUGCCCAGGGGUCAGUGAGACGGUUGACGGUUUCAGCCAGAGACGCCCCCAGUAAAGUGUCUACCUUGGCGGUCAAGGUCCAUGGCGGGUCCCGUUAUGCAACCAAGGAUGGUGUGGCCCAUCUUUUGAACAGGUUCAACUUCCAAAACACCAACACCAGAUCCGCCUUGAAAUUGGUGAGAGAAUCCGAAUUAUUAGGGGGGAUCUUCAAGUCCACUUUAGACAGGGAAUACAUCACCUUGAAGGCCACCUUCUUGAAGGACGACCUUCCCUAUUACGUCAAUGCCCUCGCAGACGUGUUGUACAAGACUGCAUUCAAGCCUCACGAACUAACUGAAUCUGUUUUGCCCGCUGCUAGAUACGAUUAUGCGGUUGCUGAACAAUGUCCCGCAAAAAGCGCCGAAGAACAGUUGUACGCCAUCACAUUCAGAAGGGGUUUGGGAAACCCACUGUUGUAUGACGGUGUGGAAAGAGUCAGCCUGCAAGAUAUCAAGGACUACGCGGACAAAGUGUACACGAAGGAGAACCUCGAGGUUACUGGUGAAAACAUUGUGGAGGCCGACCUGAAAAGAUUUGUUGACGACUCAUUGCUGAGCACUUUACCUGCAGGCGAGUCGUUGGCGGGUAAGUCCGAACCAAAAGCUUUCCUGGGUGAGGAAAAUAGAGUGAGAUUCAUCGGCGACUCCGUUGCCGCUAUUGGUAUCCCCGUGAACAAGGCGUCGCUAGCCCAAUACGAAGUCCUGGCCAGCUAUCUGACCUCUGCGCUGUCCGAUCUUUCCGGUCUGGUCAGCUCCGCUAAGCUUGAUAAAUUCCGCGACGGCGGUCUAUUCACGCUGCUUGUCAGAGAUCAAGACAGCGCCGUAGUGUCUGCCAACAUCAAGAAGAUCGUUGCCGAUUUGAAGAAGGGCACGGACUUGACUCCUGCCGUAAACUACUCUAAAUUGAGGAAUGCCGUCCAAAAUGAAGCUGUUUUCCAUCCGAUUGAACUGAAAUUCGACGGCGUGAAGGACUUUAAGCUGAGCAAAUUCAACUACGUGGCCGUCGGCGACGUUUCCAACUUGCCGUAUCUGGAAGAAUUGUAA